AUGAAAGCGUUGUCGGAUGUCAAGCCGAAUUGCGUUGAUAGGCUGUUCAGGAGUUCUUUCAACUUCAUCGAGCGGGUAAUCCAACCCCUCGAUUGGGGUUUGCACUCGUGGUCGGUAAAGUCUUUAUACAAUGGCCCCCGGAUCGACCCCAUCGAGCUUGGGGGUUUGUUUGAAGGAUUCAGUCAAUUUGAGGAUCGGGUUGUUGGGUCAUGCGAUGGGUUGCUUUGCUCUUUUCUCUGGCGUUACAACCAGGUGGCGGUAUGGAACCCAUCUUCCAGAGUUAUGAGGACAUUGCCCGCUUUCCCCUAUGAUAUGUCAGAGGAACAGGUGCAAAUGUCUGACACGUAUUUUGGAUUUGGUUAUGAUAGUCAUCUUGAUGAUUACAAAGUGGUAGUAGUGAUUUCCUAUCCAGCUGAAACUCAAGUUCAAGUCUUUGCUCUGAAAACUUCGUCAUGGAGGAGAAUCGAGAAUUUUAAGUAUGGGGUUCCAUCAGAUACGGAGGCGGAUGCAAAGUUUUUUGCUGGCCGUCUUUACUAUCGAGUGUCAAGUUCUGAGAGUGAAGGGAAUAACCAGAGGGACACCCUAGUCUCACUUGAUCUUGCAACAGAAAAAUAUAACAAGGUGAAACUACCUGAAUUUCAUGGCGCUGGUACUCGUUUGGACAUAGAAUCAUUUGUUGAUCGUCUUUGUGUUGUGCAAUUUGAUGGUUUCCGUUCGUGUGAGGUAUGGGUGAUGAAAGAGCCUAGGGUGACAGAUGCUUGGACUAAGUUGUUUAGUGUUGAUCAGGCUGCAUGUGGUCGAUGCAAUGUUAUACACUCCACUUUACAUUUCAGACAGUGGUGA